AUGAAACCAUUUAAUGAUAAUAAUAAUAAUAAUAAUAAUAAUUUAAAACGUAGUUGUGAAUUACUUAAAAUUGAUAAUGAACUUGAAUUUCCACAAAAUGUUACUACUACAUUACCACCACAACGAAUCAUUGACGAAGUAAAUAUACCAAGUAAUAAUGAGGAUUUACUAAGAAACACUGUUAAAUUAACUACAAUUUCCAGUGAAGAUAUUCAUAGACAAUCUAGUGUACAUUCUGAUCAAACAACAUUACAUGUUACACAAUAUUUACAUCCUACUAAUGCUUUAUCACAAACAGCUUCAGCUUUUUCAAGUUAUUUAAGAAUUCCACCAAUUAAUGAACAAAUGAAUGAAUCAACAAUAUCAACAACACAUUCAGCUGAUUGGUCAACAAAACCAUUGCAUCGAUCAAGUUGUUUUAUUUGUAAUACACCACAAAGUUUCAGUGAAGAAGAACAAAAAUUCACUGAAGCUACAGUACGUGCUGUAUUAGCUGCUAGUGCUAGACAAUCACGUACUGCGUUAACUGAUUUACCAUUGGAAUUUUUUACAAAUUAUUCUAAUUUAUCUAAUAUUGAUAGUAAAUUGAAUUCAUUAUCAGUUCAACAAUUGUCAAAUAGAAAUCUAUCCAAUGAGAAUACAUUCAAUAAUGUCAAUCGAUUAAAUUUACCGUCAUCCUCCACAGCAUCAUCAUCGAAAUUUUAUGAUGAUUUUAGAGAACAUCGAACUAAUCGUAAACUUAGUGCAUUAUGUGUGCAUAGUUUUGAUGAUACAAUACAUGAUAGUGUAUUAUUAGUGAAUAAAAGAGAUAAAUCGCCAAUUCCGCGUACCAUAUUACAUCAUUCAAACAAUCAUCUAUUGAAUAGUACAAAUAAUCUAACACAUGAUACACAAUCAACUCAUGUAACAUCAACAUCAUCAAAUAAAAAUACAAUAACAACAAGUAGUGUAAAACAAAAUCCAAAAUCUUUAAAAAAUUUAGCUAGACAAACAUCACAUUCAAUUAAUCGACCAUUGAAACGUUUAGCUGCAAGUUUUCGUCUAACAAAACCUAUUGGACAUUCAGCAUCAGUAAAUUAUAAACAACAACAACACCAACAACAACAACAUGCACGUAGUAAUUUCAUUUCAAAAUCUGGUGAUAUCACUAGUACAAGUUGGAAUUCCAUUGAAAAUUGUCAUGAUUCUGUACAAACUACCUCAAAUAAUAUUGAUAAUAAUAAUAAUAAUAAUAAUGAGAUUAAUAAUGGGAAAACUAUUAGAACACGUAAUGUCAUACUACAAACCGAUCAAGAUUUUCUCAAUGAAAUUAAACGUGAAAAAGGUUUACGUAAAGGACAUUUAUUACUGAAUGAGAAUAAUCUAACUACUACUACUACUGCUGCUACUACUACUACUAGUAGUGAUAAACAUGAUUUAAGUGAUUCGACUGAUCAUGAAACUGACAGUCUGUUAAGUCAAGAUGAUAAACCAAGUGGAUCAUUUCAUUUGAAAGAACAAUUUUUUGCAUUUUUUCAACCUACCGGUAAUAAAUUAGCCAUGAAAUUAUUUGGUACAAAAUUAGCGUUAGAUAGAGAAAGAUUAAGACAAGAACAACAAGGUGAUUGGAUUAUACAUCCAUGUAGUAAUUUUAGGUAA